GGACCCAAGUGAUGGACAAAUCAGAGCAGUCUGUGGCUGGCCAAGGCCUGAUCAGCCCUGAUCCGCUGGUGCGGGAGGCCUACCUGAUGGCUUUUGACUACAUAAACUAUGUGACGGCCAAGCCGGGGGUUCCGCUCGCCCCGGCACCGUCCACGCCCUCAGCGGCCCUGCGCCAUGCAGGGGACGAGCUCCUCCAGCGCUUUCCCAUCUUCUUCCGCCGCUGGCCACGUGUCUUCCAGGACGUGACGGAGGAGUCGGCCUGCUCGACUCUGGUCUCCAUCCUAGAUGAGCACUUUGCACCCACGAGGCGCCGGGACCUGGCAUGGAGUGCCGUGCUCUCCAUCUUUGUGCUGGCCGGCCAGAUGGCCCUGCACUGCCAGCAGAGGGGAAUGACCAACGUCUUGCCCAAGCUUCAGGACUGUGUGGGCAGCUAUGUGGAGAGGGUCAUCUGCCCUGAGAUCAGGGACAAAGGAGGAUGGUCUGGAUUUGUGUCUCGCUUUGGGGAGAAACAGACUUUGGAAGGCCAAGUGAAGAAGGUGUGCUGCUGGAGUCUGCUCAUGCUGACUGUGGGGAUCCUUUUCUACUUUCUCUGGAAAAGAAGAAUAACUUGAAGGACAGUGCCAUCUUGUGGAGAACACUGGCCAUAAAAAUUUGGAGUUGUCACGACUGCUUUAACCAUAAUGUCUGAACUCUGUAAAGGUUUGGCUGCUACUGUUGACGUUUCCCCCACAAAGUAUUUAGUCAUAGGGCUGUGUAUUGGCAAGAACCUGGCGAUACAAUUCAUAUCAUGAUACAGGGGUUACGAUUCGAUGCAUUGCGAUAUAUUGCAAUAUUUUAAAAUCUAAUUUUACGGAAACCGUCAUAGCACUGCUAUCUAGCGGUCAGGGGUCUAAACACAAUACAAAAUGAACUAUUGUUCGCCACGAAUCAUUGAGUGUAAACUUUUACCUGAAAAUCGAUAGUGUUUUUGAGAAUUGACACAGUAUUACAAAAUAUAAUACUGCCAUACUCAAAUAUGUCAAUAUUUUCUUACGCACCAAUGCAGUUAUAUCACUAUUCAGUGAUAGUAAGAAAUUUUGCAAGUUAAGUAGAAGUACUGACACUACUGCUGGAUGAUGUCUUAAGUUUCAGGAUUUAAGUGUUCAGGAUUUUAUGUAUUAAAU